AUGGCUCCUCUUAAAGGCAGCAUCUCCCAGCGGGAGGUCCAGUGGGUCAAACUCAGCAGUUCCUGCACAUACAACAAGAUCUGUUACUUCAGGCGAACCAGGUCUCUGGUCAAUCUAGCUCAUGGCAUCAACAUCAUUGGACAAUUCCUGAUGAUCUCUUCUAAAGACCGCUAUGAUGACCUACAGGACAAAACUAUACCGGAGUCUCUUGAUGCUCGUAUUGACACCAACAAUCUACUUAGCAGCCUCGCUUUCGGAAUGUGCGCCUGCACCUUUCUAAAUGUCUUUUUUUGCCUCCUCAUGAUAUGCGACUGGUUCUGGCCAGAACGGAAAGAGAACCUUUGCAUUCAGUGGACAUGGAAACUCGGUUCUGCUGCGGUGAGUCUGUUGCAACUGGCAGCAUGUGUAGUGGUUACUAUCACUGUGGCGACGCAGGAAGUUCAGAUACACGGUGUGUCAGCAGAUGAACAAGAAAUCAUCCGAAGCACCUUGGGCUGGAUCUCUUUGGCCUACCGAAAAGAUGGCCGGACAGUAGCGGGGCUAGUGUUCUACUGGAUUGGGUGUAUGUCCGUAUGUUGGGGGUAG